AUGACUGUCGCUGCCUCUCAAGCAAUGAACAUGUUCACUCCGAUGGCAGGUAACUUGCAGGUCGACUCGCUCAGCCUGUUUCGGCCUCUAGUCACGGCCAAGAAGCUUGGCCCCAACUGCGUGUCCUGUCGGGAAGUCUGCUGGCUCAGAAGGAUGAGCAGACGUCUCCGUCUCGAUUUGAGCGUCAUUACAAGGGCCGAUGAGGAAGGCAGUGGAAGCAGAGGUCCGGCAAUGCCAUGCCUUGCGCGCCCGUCUCUUGUGGGGCGAGGAUGGUUGCUCGGGAACGCAUCUCCGGUCGCCGUAAAGGCUCUGCGGAUAUGGCUCUUCGCCUCGGACACCGUUGGAGGGCAUGUCAGCGAGCCGACUCCCGACGUUCCUGAAAUUCAUGCGUGGCAUUGGUGGAGUAGAUGGCCGGUACUGCCGGGACUGGUGAGCCGAUCGACGGUCUUUUCGGUCAAUGUCGAGCCUGAUCGACUCGCUACGAUCAAGGUUAGGCUCACAAUGGCAGGCAGCUUCUUGAACCGAGCGCAGAGAGCGUCUCGACGCGACUCGCUCGGCGCAGACAGCGACGGAAAGGUGCCGGCGUCGUCAAAUUAA